CACACACACACACCCCCUCGAUCAUGCUGCACCCCACCCCCCUCCUCCUCUCCCUCCUGCUCCUCGCAGGUGUCACCGUCGGCACCCCAGCCCUAACCCUGGACAAGCGCGGCAUCACCUGUCUCCAGGUCGGCGCCACGGCCACGGCCACCUGGACCAACAGCGCCGGCGAGUCCUGUUCCUACGUCGGCGUCGUUGGCAGCAACUACGGCGAGAACAGCGACGGGGAGGGCGACUACUCCUGCAACGGCCGCUGUGGCACCGGAUGCACCGGGUUCGCCCUCGGCAACGUCUACACCCAGCACUGCUUCUCCCACGACAUGUGCUCCUACUUCAACGACGCCAGCGGGGGCGCCAGCGAUCCCAACUGCGGCGCCGCGUUCAAGGCGGCCGAGGAGGACUACCUUUUCGGCCUCGUCGACGGCUGCUCGCAGACCAACCCGACCAACGCCGUCAUCAAGCCGACCACGUCUCCCGUCUGCUCGUCGUGAGAUGGAUUGUAACGGGCGGUGUUGAGAACUGGGGACUAGGAAGGACAAUCUCUCAUCCACAGGGAAUACAAUGCAAACAGAAACUCCUGGCAUCUAGAUACAAUCUUGCUGUAGACCGUGGGACGGACGCUCUAGAGCCCCACAACCAGAUGGAACCACCCAUUCAUCACGAUGACGAGGACGAACUCGCAUUCUCCUUCGGCUCCGCCAUC